UCCACUCCGAUUGAAAGAAACUGCUAAUAUAGAUAGCUGGAAAACAUUCUCAAGAGACUGAAAUGAAAUCUGCCAUUUCUUCGUUGAUUAGCUCCAGAAAUUUCAAUCUUCACCGAUCUUCCCUCUCCUUCUCCAUCUUCCGGCGGCCAUCUCUGCUUCUACCAUCUCAAUUUCCGGUCAUAUCUACUGACGAUAAGGCCACCGGCGCCAAUUUUACCAGUCUGCGCCGUAAGUGUCGUUUCCAUUCCACCAAGUCCUCGCCGAUUAUGGCCUCAUCCUUCAAUCCCGAACAAGCUAGGUCUCCACCUGCAGUUCCGUUGCCGAUCCCUCCGGUCACCAAGUUUAAAAUCGGCCUAUGUCAAUUGACGGUGACGCCUGAUAAGCAAAGGAAUAUUGAACAUGCUCGUAAGGCCAUUGAGGAGGCUGUGGAAAAAGGCGCCCAGCUUGUUGUCUUGCCGGAAAUUUGGAAUGGUCCUUAUUCAAAUGAUAGCUUCCCAGUUUAUGCGGAGGAUAUUGAAGCCGGUGGUGAUGCCUCUCCUUCAACAGCCAUGUUAUCUGAAGUUUCUCGUCGUCUAAAGGUCACUAUAGUUGGUGGCUCAAUUGCAGAGCGCUCAGGGGAUAAAUUGUAUAAUGCUUGUUGUAUUUUUGGUACUGAUGGAAAGCUGAAAGCCAAACACAGGAAGAUACAUCUUUUUGAUAUUGAUAUCCCUGGAAAGAUCACUUUUAUUGAGUCCAAGACUCUUACAGCAGGUCAAACCCCUACUGUUGUGGACACAGAAGUUGGACGUAUUGGUAUCGGAAUCUGUUAUGACAUUCGUUUUCAGGAACUAGCCAUGAUAUAUGCUGCAAGAGGUGCUCACUUGAUUUGCUAUCCUGGGGCAUUUAACAUGACUACUGGACCAUUGCACUGGGAGCUAUUGCAGCGUGCAAGGGCUGCAGAUAAUCAGUUGUAUGUGGCAACAUGUUCACCUGCUCGAGACGUCGGAGCUGGUUAUGUAGCUUGGGGCCACUCUACCCUUGUUGGACCGUUUGGUGAAGUGUUAGCUACAACAGAACAUGAUGAAGCAAUAAUCAUAGCGGAGAUUGAUUAUUCACUUAUUGAGCUUAGAAGGACUAACCUACCAUUGCUGAAGCAAAAGCGUGGAGAUCUUUACCAGUUGGUGGAUGUUGAGAGGCUGAAAUCCGAAUGAAAGGUGCAAGGACUGCUUUGAACGCUCUUAUGCUUUAAGUUUUAUCCAAUUAGAAUAAAUUAACUUGCCGCUACUGCACCCUUUGCGCUUCUUCCAGACUACAACAGUUGUGGCUGUUUUGCUGCGGCUUGGUGCAAACGAGUAGCUCCCAGUUAAAAGUUACAUCGUGAUAAUUUGCAAUGUUCCAAUCUCUGUAUGUUUUACCGACUCUUUUAAGGUUCAGCAGUUGGCAUAACUUUGCUUUAAUGAAGGUUUUUCUAGGGCCACGUUUA